AUGUAGGCAAGUCUUUUCCGGUGAUAAACGGAUGUGGAGAUGCUCGCAGUGUGUGGACGCCAUCAUCAACAUGACAUUAAUUUUUAUAUCUGAUAUUUCAAGGAUGUUUUUUCAUGUUUAAAGCCAUGAUUGACAUCCAUACUUUAAGAUGGGGUUGUGUCAGCCCCAGAACCUGAAAAGUGGCCUUUAUUUUUCAGAACUCCUAAAGUUAUUAGCGUCACGUACAAGUUAACGUUAACGCUAGCUGUUUUUAUGUUUUAUAGUAAAACAUUAGCUGGCAUGGACCUAACCCUCAUCUUCUAAUCUGGAGGCAGGAGAUGAUUUUAUCCCAGAAGCAGAAUUUAUUUGGUCCCAUAUACGCAGACUGAGACCAUCCAGAUCUAAGUUGGACCAGCUCCUCAUGUCUGAAGAGUCAAGCAUAACAGCAUGAUUCCACAUUAAUGAAGGAUAAUGAUCCACAUUCAGAAGCUAAAUGUUGGGAAUGUGAAAAAAAUUUCACCGUAACAGCAACCUUGAUGUCAUGCUACCAAAGCCACAAUAUUAAAGCCACCUGCCAGGACUGCAAGAUUACCUUCUCUGACACCUGGCGUUCCUUUCUACAUCCCUGGACAAUGCACACUCACCAUCCCUCUGCAAAAAGUGUCUCUCAGUAAAGUGUGGAACCUGAACAAGCAUGAGUGCUGUUACUAGAAGCUCACUCUUUGAUUUCUGCACACAAAAACCACAACAGUGAAGACUUGUCUAAUGAGUUGAGUGUACUGCAAAGCACAUAAUCAACAGUGCAUGACUCCAAAAUGAGAACUCGACGAAGGGUACGGAUGAAGCGGGAGAAAGCUGUAAGCAGCGUGGAGUAUGUAGUGAGUGACGAUGAUGGCCAUGUUUGUAAAAUGUACGGUGAGAAGUCGGAUGAUUCAACAAGCUCAGAAUCAGACGAUGAAAAGAAGAAGCCCACCAAACCUGCAGGGUUCUGUCCAGGUGAUCCAGAAUCAGACGGUGAAUCAAGUUCAACCGAUGAUUCCAGUGAUUCUUCUCAUCUUUCAAAAUCGAAAGCCUCCCCUGCAGUUGUUCCUUCAAAUAAAAACUCAAUAUGUGCAAACUGUGGUAGAGGCCCCUUCAGAUCACUGAAGCUCCAUUUACUGCACUGCAGUGGUGUAAAAGUGAAAUAUCAGUGUUUUCUGUGCAAGGAGCUUUUUGCGACCCAGAAGUUACUCAAUGAACAUUACAUGUCUUUGUAUUCCUGCGACAUCUGUGGACAAGUUUUCUCAAACGAGGUCAUGUACUAUCAGCACCCCUGUCCCAAAAAGAGCAAAUCUCCUUUGUCCCUCUUUUGUUCGGAGUCGAUGCCCCAGGUGUGUAACAUCUGCAAAUCCUUUUUUACCUCUGAGAGAACUCUGCUCCACCACGUCACCAAGGUCCACACAUCAGUAGUGAGCACCAAAGUGUGCAUUAUUGGAAAACCAUCGAUGCUGACAGAUAAACAAAUUUUACCAGCAACCCAUUCAGCUCUGAUUAAUCCAGAUGCUUUCAAUCUGGCUCUCAAUGGAAAGCUCAAUGAUGGCCAAGCUGAUGAACCAAGUCCUUACUCCUUCCUCCUAGGCCGACCAACAUGCAUUGCAUCUUCUGCCACGCCUUUCAGAGCGGAGACCAACGAUGCCACUGAAGUCUCACCUGAUAAAACUCCAGCUUCUACAGACUCUGGCUCCCUACAAACACCGACUAUUUUAGCCAUGUUUGAAAACGACAGCCAUGACGUGGCGUUGAUGAAACGCAUGAACACAGGCUGGCGCUCCAAAGCUCCUCACCCUUGCAGGCAGUGUGGCGCCAUCUUCCGGCAGCCCUCCCUCAUCAUUAGCCACCGCUAUCUCCACCGGGGCCGCCGCUUACACCAAUGCCAGUGCGGCCGAGCCUUCAAGCACCAGCUGCAUCUCCUGCGACAUUGUGUGCAGCAUUCGGAGAACAUGAGCUACAUCUGUGUCAGCUGUGGGGGGACAUUCGCAGGAGCAACAGUCUUAGCUAAUCACUUAAAGGGAAAGUCCUUGAAAAAAUCCCACCCUGGAUGUAAGCCAAAACGUAAAGUGAAACAAAAAUGCAGAAUGCCCUUUACAUGCGACUGUGGACAGCUCUUUUUUAGGCCUUCAGCUUACAUAUGGCACCAACUUAAAAACAGGACAAAAACAAAAUGUGUGAAGAAGCACUUGAAAUGAUGAAGCACCGCCACAGUAUCUGUAUUUUUGUUUUUGGGUAGUCCUCCCCCACUGCGUGCACCACACUUCAAAUACAGGGGAUAAACCAAAGGGAUUAAUAACACGAUAUAACCAAGUCACAAAAUUGUAACACAUUCUUUCUUAAUGGUUUUUAUUACAUACAUGUCUAGGCUGGUUGCUGAAUGAUUAGUAAAGAUGUGCAAAUGAUACACAGCAAACACGGUUACAACAAGUUCCUUUUUUGACAUCAUUAAAAACAAACCCACAGUGAUUAUAUUCUUUUAUUCAUUCUUCAGCCUUCAAACAAACAAAUGAACAAACAAUAAGCUCCAGUUUAUCCUCCAGAGAAGAGUGAGUCCAGUUUUGCACACGUGUUUUCUCACACAGUGAGGUUUGUUGGGAGGUGUCGUGUUUUGUUUUUUUCAGGAUUCAGAUUUGGUUUCACUAAAAGUUAUUCCAAAUGUUUUGAUCCUGAUAAGUUUUGUUAUUCAGGUUGAGACGGUCUAGAACUUUUUUAUGGUUGUAUUAAAACUUAAUGAUUUGAUUUUAACUGUAGUAAAAAUAACUUAGUUAAUGCCAAAUUUCUGUCCACUAGAUGGAGCUGUUGGUUUGCUGAAAGACACGUUUACAAGGCAUCUUGCACUCAAGUUCGUUCUUAGAACAGGUGUAAACCGCUAGAUGAUAUUUUGAAGUGUAGACAUGAAUCUGUCUGAGUUUCUGUUGACAUAUAAUAAAAACUUUUAGUAAGAAAUAAAGCUUUCUUUGAAAGUACUUCAGUUAUAAUUCAGUUGCUUGUCUUUGAAGCGCAUCAAGGCACAUCAUUUAAUUCAUCAUUCACUUGGUGAGUUGGUAAAAGCAGAACAGGGAGGAAUGAUGAGAAAAUGUAAGAAGACAAACCCUGUUUUCUAACAGUGUGCUUACCAUUCAUUAAACUGUCUCCUUUUGAAAAAGAGGAUUUGAGCAAGGUUUUUAUAAAAACGUUUUGGUUAACAUUGUCAUAUAUUGUAUCAGGAUAAAAAUAAAAUGAGCAUGUACAAAUAUAUAUCUUAUUCCACAGGAAUAAGGAAGAGAAGGAAUCCAUCAAUGAAACCUUACACAUAGUAAAUAAAAGAGGGCAAGCCCUGGAAAAGA